GCCAGCAACAGGCCAUUGAGCUUUCUGCCUCAGAAGGGCCUUCUCAAGAUGCUGAAGGGACUCUCAUCACACACGUGGCUCCCCGCGUGUUCGAAGUUCCUCCAAGGAGUUUCCAGCAGAGGAAAAUCGCCUUUAUCAAGCCGGAAUUUGAACGGCGCGCCCCCGAGGGACAAUGCGGCGGCGCCUCCAAAUCGCCAAACCGGAGGCGUCGUUUUUGGCAUCGCUUGUGCCGGAUACGCGACCUUUUUACUCUCGGUUACCGGGAGACUCAUUUACAACAAUAGGAGGAGGAGAGAGGAAAAGCGGCGCCUCGCGACCCUGGAGCCCGCGGCGAAGGGCGGCGGCGACGUCCACGUGUUCUGGGUACUGGCGCCGGGCAGGAAGGUGGGCACCUCGCUCCUCUGUGUGGAAUGCCCUGGCAACGAAGUCAAGGUGUUUGACCUGGUCGUUGGGGGCUACCAAGAGAGGUCGUGGAGGAAGGGAAAGAAACGUCAGACUGAAAGAAAGAGAAGUUAUGAAAAUGUGGCGAUAGUCGAGGAAGCGAGUGGCAGCGAAAUUCCACGGCGACGGAGAUCCUCAGCGCCUUCCCCCGCCGCGCGAGGAGUGGCGCCGGGUCCUCCUGCUGGGUCAUCGGCCUCGGGGGAACGCAGGUCUUCCCUUUCCAGCGAGGAGGAAGGGCGGCGACCUGGCUUCUCCGGGACCGCCGAUUUGCCUCCUGAAGGAAUGCCUGUUCCUGAAGGAGGCGUUGCAGGACAGGAGUCUUUGAAGGAGGAAGCGCCUCCUGGCAAAAGUAAAUCCUAAUUGUUCUCAUUUGUCUUUUAUUUCUGUGUUUUAUUCUUCGUCCUUUAUUUCUUUACCUUUAUCAUCUCUUUCUUCAUCUUCUUCACAUGUUUUCCUUCUACGUGUCCUUCCUUUCGUUUUCCCACACCUGUCUUUCUGCGUUUUUUUCCCCACCUUUUUGUUUCUUCUGCUUUUCCAUCGUCCUCUUCGACUUUCUCUUAAUUUGCUUAUUCUUAUUCUCGCAUUUUUCUUCUUCUUCUCAUACAUCUUCCUUAUUAUGGGUUUAUCAUCUUUUUUAUUCGUUGACAUCAUUUACUUUUUUGUUCAGGUGUUUCAU